GAGAAAUUGGUUUGGAUAACUUGUAGCUGAAUUUGGUUUUGAUAACUCCUCCUACUAUCUUUUUGCCUAACAAGGUCGGGACUCGGGAGAGUUCAUUUGUUGAACAACUACAUAUAUAUAUAUAUAAAUAUGGUGCACUGUGUACCGCCAAAGGUCAUCUAGAGAGAGAGAGAGAGAGGUGAGCAGAAAUGGCGGGGGAUAGAGACAUAGACGAUCUGCCGAAGAACGCAGCCAACCACACAGCAUUGACACCCUUGUGGUUUCUUGACAGGGCAGCUCUGGUGCAUCCCAACCGCAAUUCUGUAAUCCAUGGAUCGGUGCACUACACGUGGCUCCAGACCUACCAGCGCUGCCGUCGAUUGGCCUCCGCUCUUUCCAACCGCUCCGUCGGCUUCGGUACCACGGUGGCAGUAAUAGCACCGAAUGUCCCUGCAAUCUAUGAAGCUCAUUUUGGUGUUCCAAUGGCUGGGGCUGUUAUAAACCCUGUCAACAUUCGGCUAAACGCACAAACCGUUGCUUUUCUUUUAGAGCAUUCAUCAGCUGCCGUUGUAAUGGUUGACCAGGAGUUUUUCCCCUUGGCAGAGGAAGCUUUGAAAAUUUGGGCAAACAAUACGAAAAGCAAUUUUCGGUCUCCACUUUUGAUUGUCAUUGCUGAUGAAAGCUGUGAUCCAAAGUCACUCAAAUAUGCUUUAGGAAGAGGAGCACUUGAUUAUGAGAAGUUUUUGGAAACCGGAGAUCCCAUGUUUGCUUGGAAGCCACCAGAGGAUGAAUGGCAAAGCAUAGCGUUGGGGUACACUUCUGGUACAACGGCCAGUCCUAAGGGGGUCGUUUUGCACCACCGAGGAGCAUAUCUCAUGUCUUUGAGUUAUGCUCUAGCAUGGGGAAUGAAUGAAGGAGCUGUUUACCUUUGGACUCUACCCAUGUUCCAUUGCAAUGGUUGGUGUUUCCCCUGGACACUUGCAGCUCUUUGUGGGACUAGCAUAUGCCUUCGACAGGUCACAGCUAAGGCAGUUUAUUCAGCCAUAGCCAACCAAGGGGUGACCCAUUUCUGCGCUGCACCCGUUGUGCUCAACACAAUAGUGAACGCUUCUCCGGAUGAAACCACCCUCCCCCUUCCUCGCUUAGUGCAUGUCAUGACGGCUGGUGCGGCCCCACCCCCUUCUCUCCUAUCCACAAUGUCCCGACUUGGGUUUCGUGUCACCCACACUUACGGCCUCUCAGAAACCUAUGGUCCCUCCACUGUAUGCGCAUGGAAGCCCGAAUGGGACUCACUUCCCCAAGAAACUCAAGCCCGACUCCAUGCCCGUCAAGGUGUUCGAUACAUUGCAUUGGAGGGUCUCGAUAUUGUCAACACAAAAGACAUGACACCUGUGCCUGCUGAUGGAACUACCGUCGGAGAGAUUGUGCUGCGUGGGAAUGCUGUGAUGAAGGGAUACUUGAAGAAUCCCAAAGCAAAUGCGGAGGCUUUUGCAAACGGGUGGUUUCACUCUGGGGAUCUAGGCGUGAAGCAUCCAGAUGGGUAUAUAGAAGUUAAAGAUAGGUCAAAGGACAUUAUCAUAUCCGGAGGCGAAAACAUAAGUAGCGUGGAGAUAGAAAAUGUACUAUACGCACACCCGAAAAUUUUGGAGGCAUCUGUGGUGGCAAGGCCGGAUGAGAGGUGGGGAGAGUCACCUUGUGCUUUUGUGACAUUGAAGCCGGGUAUAGACAAGUCAACCGAACAGCGUUUGGCCGAAGAUAUAACACAGUUCUGUCGAUCUAAGAUGCCGGCCUAUUGGGUUCCGAAAUCAAUUGUUUUUGGUCCGUUGCCUAAGACGGCUACUGGGAAGGUGCAGAAGCAUCUGCUGAGGGCAAAGGCCAAAGAGAUGGGAGUCAUGGGACCUGUCAAAAAGAGUAGGUUAUGAUCAUCUGGUGGGGUGUGAGUAAAAAGAGGCAUCUAGUUGAUGCUGGUUAUUCCUUGUUCUUCUUCUUCACUUUAGCUCCUGUGUUGUUCAUAAAAAAGGGUGAGGUUAGAUUUCAGUGCUUUCUUGAGCUUGUCCUUCAGUGAACACACUGAAGGGUUAAUGAAGGAGGAAGGAGAUGGGACCCUGUCAAAAAGAGUAUGUUUUAAUCAGACAGUGAUAUGGGAGUAAUAAGAGGCAUCUUCAAAUUGCUGGUUAUGAUUACUUUUUUCUCAUCUCUUUAGCACCCUCUGUUGUUGAUAAGAAAGAGUGGGCAAGGUUAAACUCAGCACUAUGUACUUUGUUUCUUGUUUCUACUUUUAUGAGUUUCUUACAAUACAUAUUUUCGAGUAA